CCGCCCUCACUAUCCUCCAUCCUCACUAUUCGUCCAGAGGACCCGAAUGGGACGCAGCGCGUAAACCUGCCAGAGGAAGAUCCCCUAGGAAACUCAGACCUUGACUCAACGGGCUCGGCAAUCCAUGCUCAAAACGGCUCGUCCGGCGACCCCCUCGGCACGUCCUCCCUCAUGUCCAUCGCGACCCUCGACUCGUACCACACCGCGGCGGGCGGCUCGUCGAUCAUCGCAGGUGGCGCGUCGUCUAUGAUCUCGAGCGCGCUCGCGACGGAGGGCGGCUCGACGAUCCGCUCGCUGCACGGGAACUUCGACGCGCCGCUCGUGCACCGGUUCACGCUGCAUAAGCCCGGCGCGCGACCGAAGAAGAGCAUCAGUGGGAACGUGACGCCCAGUACGCCGACGAAGGCGGCGGCGGGGACUCCUACCAAAGGGGGCGCGGCGGCGAUGAAGGGCGGGGAGGCAUGGAGUCCGCUGGACCUGUUCUUCUCGAGCGGCCUGCUGGUGGCGAAGUGCGAUGUGUGCCAGAAGAGGCUGGGGUGGAAGCCGGUGCUGGAGUGUGAUGAUUGUGGGCUAAGGUGAGUGGGACAGUUCCUUUUCUCCCUUGUCUUCCAGAAGUGGCUGGCGUUUAAGAGUGCGGGAUUCGGGGGGCCGGCCAGGGACUGUCAACAUUCAUCUUGAAUGUUCAUAGGAGGACCGAAGCUGACUUCAUCCAUAGAGCUCACGUCAAAUGCGGCGAGAUUGCC